GCCAGAUCCACCUACACCAGCUGGUGACAAGUACGCCGAUGACAUCUCAAAUGUCCCGCUACACUUAAGGUUUGCUUUCAAUCCGGACUUGUACAUCGCUGAGGACCUCUGCGGCUUCAAUGAGAUUGUGGUCGAGGAAUACUGUGAUGCAUUUCAGUUGUCGGACCUAUGCGGAGAUGGAUACGUCACUUACAAGUACUACAGCUUUUUUAACUUGUUCCUAGUAUACUUAACUAAUACUAAGCACAGCUUUUUUAACUUGUUGUUCCCAGUAUAAAAACUCGAAUUACAACUUCUUCUAGAUGGUUUGUUGCAUGUAUACUACAACAGCACCUCAACUUUCAUUGCUCAUCACUUGCUCUCCCAUGAUCUUGUUCGAAACAGCGAAAUUCCAGUCAUCCUCAUGCGCCUUGGCUGCUUCCCAAGAUACAAAUUGAACGAGCUUGCCAGUAUUCAAGCGGGAUUUCUUUCUGCACCGUAUGUUUUUCGGAGAUUAGAGUUCGUCAUCAACGGGCUCGACCCACGGGGGACGAAUAUGUACGAUUUUCAGUUUUUCCUCCGACUAAUGAAGAUCUGGGGAGAUAACACGAAGAUCUUGGGAGCUGACGAACUACUAGAAGCUUUUAGACUACUGGAUUUGGAUCGAACGGGGUUGAUCAGUCCAGAAGAAAUACGCCAAAUCAUGAGCAUUUUUGGUACUAGUACUUUUGGCUACAACUUACUUUAAAAUUUUUGAAUUCAGAAUGAAUCGGGAGAAAUGAUCAUGAGCGGCCCGUAUUUUGGUAUAAAUUGCUAGUAUUUCAUUCGUCCUUGUAGAUCGUUAUAGUUCAACAGAGCGUCCGCAAUAAACAAACAGGCGACAAGCUUUCCCCGGAAGAGGCAGAAGGCAUGCUGGACAUGGCGGACUUGGAUGAUAAUGGCCAGGUAGACUACGAAGAGUUUGUCGCCAUCAAUCUUCAACAGACUAUGCAGGGUGCGGGGAACAAGAAAAAAGUCCAGGAUGCUCUAGAAAAAUUAGAAAAGAGAAAAGCAGCAGCUCUAGCCGGAGAGCAAGCAGGUGGUGGAAUGAAGGGAGACAAUUUCCUAAGCGCCGGUGGAGACGAUGAUUUUCUAGGGGGUGGUGGAAAUCCUAAUAAUCCUUUCUAAUGAUAAAAAUGCUAGUACAACCGGCGAACUGACGUUGAUAUUGACGUAGAAGUAGUGAAUUAGUGCUGGACUAUGUAUUGUACCAGAACUUUUUGUUUUUUUAUCUUUUUCUUGAGAAAAAAAGACUGACGAGUGUACCUGUACGUAAGUACUUGAACAACAACGGAUACGGAACAUGCUAAUGUUGGUCCUCUGUGGAGAUUUACCAUAGUUGUAGGAGAACUUUUUUUUGUACUAAGAGAAGAAGAUGUAGUUGUAGCUACAAUUUUUACACGAUGCCAUAACAAAAGCGAAGACACGACUAUCAAUGCACAACCUGCACAUAACAAUUGCCAUACAUGAGGACGUACUUAAGUACAUAAUUGUGCCACGAAUCACGAUGCCAGAGUCACAUGAUGAAGCUGUGGAUGUACCCAGAAGAGGUGGGUGUACCCAGAGCACACAAGCUUAUCCAAUUAGGAAAAUACUUUGGUUGAGCAGAAGGUCACGACAAGCAGCUCACCUAAAAACCCGCACAUGUCCCAAGGAUUAUGCUGAAUACGCGGUUGUAGCUCCCAACAGGAAUAGAAGCAUCAUGCGAAAAUGAUGUAGUGGAUAUUCAAAAAGAACUAUAAACAGACACAGACAUCAUCACAAUAACAAAAUACACAAAAUAGUAUCAAGGUCGUUACAGUGAAAAAAAAGAAAAAAAAACCAAUUAUACAAGAACAUAGCUAAAAAAAAACUUGCAGAAUACAUCUAGAUCUACUUCACUUGUUUCGGGACGAGUAGAGCUUGUUUAUGAAGUAGGAUAACUAGGAGAAAUUCUUGCGAUGGCGAUACUUGACUUAUCACUUGAGGUCCAGUAUCGCUCUCAUCUUUCGCUCUCUAGCUCUAGGUAGAAAAGAUCAUUCUUGUAAACAAGCGAGUAUGCAAGAUAGUGAAGAAUCUACUGCGAAUUGCGCGGCAGCUCCUGCUGCUCGUUCCUCAAAUUGAAGUAGACGCGAACAACGGUCUGUGUAGACCUAUCUAUGUAGACCUAUCUAUGUAGAAGCAUCUGAAAAAAGUUGUAGAGGUGUUUGCCACUGUCUAUGUAGAAGCAUCUGAACAAAGUUUGUAGUACUGUUGAGAAGAAGAUAAACAACUUAACAUGGAGUCAGUGUUCAAAAAAUAUGAAUCAAUGAGGAGUUACCACUUUUGUUAGUGUUGUGAGAUCGAAGAAGUAGAAGUAAAUGGAUCCUUCGACGUGGCCUUCAGAGUCAGGCUGAACGAGGAUUGACUUUCAAGUAGUUGCCCCUCAUAGUGAAAACUUCUUUUAUUCCUGUUGGAGUCAAGUGCUCGCCGCUUCUAGUAACCUUAACUAUUACAUUAUCAUUGAGUAGACUCCUUGUGACAUGUUCUUCUUUUUGUCCACCUAACUACUAAGUACAUUUUUUAUAAUGCAGUUUUAUUUGUAAUAGUAUUCAUCUACUUCGAGGAAAGAUGAAGUUGUACUAGUCCAUUUUUACUAGUGACCACGUGUUGACCCUGCUUCAGAAGUUCUUCAUUCGCUAAAGGAAGUUUGUGCUCGCUGAGCGCUAUCAUGUUGUUGUCAGAUAUAUGCAUCUUUUACAGCUGAGCACGACUAUAAUAUUGAUUCACUUGCAUCAUUAGGGCAUGUUUGUUGACACGCACGAGUGCCAACGCUACAGACCGAA